AUGGAGGACCAUCAUGCCUCACCAUCUCCGAUUUGUACCUUGAAAGUGGAUAUAACGUGUUGUGAUAAGUGUCCGAUUAAAUUGAAGAAAAAGUUAUUGAAAACCAAUGGAGUAACCUGCGUGGACGUUGAUUCAAAACAUGGGACAGUGAGGGUCGUAGGAGACAUAGAUCCUAUGAUACUGUUGCAAAUGUUUGAGAAAAUGGGCAAACCGGCGGAGCUUUGGUCGUUUCACAAGGUCCCAUCACAAUGCAGAACUAGUAGUGGCUUUAACAACAACAGAAAAGAAGCUCGGUCUCCAUGUGAUGAUGAUGUUUCUGGUCAUGAUUAUAAUCAUGAUAAUGAGUAUGAAUCCAAAAGGGGCUGUCCCGGUCCCACUCCGAUGGAGGGUGGCGGAGGGUUUGGCUGGAGAGGUGGUUUCGCUCCUUCUAACAGUUCGAGGUUCUCUGGGGUAUUCCCUAAUCCGUUGUAUUGUCCUGGUCCUACUCCUUCGGGUUAUUAUCGACAACCACCACCACAUCUACCACCAAGGUCGACAUACGGAGGGUAUGGGUAUGGAUACUUUCCAUCGAGGUCGGCACAGAAGUAUAACCCUAUGACCCAUUAUACUAGUUAUUGGGACAAUUAUCGCCUCUCACCAUAA